UUGGCAGUCAGUAAACUGGGGUUGACUAGACAGUAUAGAGCUUUUGUCAAAUUUGACUUUUCGUAGCAGGUUAGGAGAAUUUACACAGCAUGUUAGGAUAAUUAACGUAGCACGUUAGGAGAAUUAGGUUAAUAUUUGGAAAAAGGUCAGAGUUAGCUCAAAGGCCAAAAUAAAUACACUUUUGACAAAAGCUGUAGCCUUUCUAGCCUUGACCUCUUACUGGGUGAAAGGUGAUGAGAAGCGCUGCAUACCCCACGAGCGGAGCAACAACACAAACUACCGCAAGCGCCUUCCUCUAGUCUAGUCUAAAAAAUAGCCGCAACAUUAUUUUUAUUUUGAAUGGACGAGCGAAAACAACUUUUCACAUAUCGGAAUUUGCAGAAUAUCGCAAAAUACUACGGUGACAUGACCAACCAGGUGUCAGAGUUCCCCACUGAGCGGACAUUCCAGUACCAGCAUAGCCUGCCUCCUCUCCCUGUACCGUCUCUAGAGGGGAGCCUCGCCAAGUACCUGGAUGCAGUGCGGCCAUUUGCUACAGAGGAGGAGUACCAGGUGACUGCAGCCGUAGUGAAGAGGUUUGGAGAAGGCAUCGGCAAAGACCUGCACCAAAAACUACUGCAGAGAGCCAGGACACGCAGGAACUGGUUGGAGGACUGGUGGUUGGAUGCAGCCUAUCUGGAAUUGCGUUACCCCUCCCAGUUGAAUGUGAACUUCGGAGGUCCUGCACCCUACCUAGAGCACUGCUGGCCCCCUACAGAGGGAGUACAGCUACAGAGGACCAGCAUAAGCAUGUGGCACACUCUACAGUACUGGGACCUGCUUCGCACGGAGAGGCUGGACCCUCAUAAAGCUGGUAAUGUGGUGUUGGAUAUGGACCAGUUCAGAAUGCUGUUCUGUACAUGUAAAGUUCCAGGAGUCACCAAGGAUACCAUCAUCAACUACUUUAAGACAGAGAGCGAGGGUCCAUGCCCCUCCCACGUGGUGGUGAUGUGUAAGGGGCGUUUCUUCUCGUUUGAUGCAGUGUGUGACGGACACAUUCUUACCCCUCCAGAGCUGCUCAGGCAGCUGACCCAUGUGAAGCAGUGUUGUGAAGGGGAGCCAGCGGGAGAUGGUGUCGCCGCUCUCACCUCAGAGGAGAGGACACGCUGGGCUAAGGCCAGGGAGUAUCUGAUAGGUAUAGAUCCAGCCAAUAAGACCAUCUUAGAGACCAUCCAGAGCAGUCUGUUUGUGGUUUCACUGGACGAUGCUAAACCCUACGCUACUGCAGAGAACUACACACCAGUGACCCGGGAAGCGCUGACAGGAGACCCCACCAUCCGCUGGGGAGACAAGUCCUACAACUCCCUCUCCUUCGCCGACGGAACCUUCGGAUCCAAUUGUGACCAUGCCCCCUAUGAUGCCAUGGUGCUGGUAACUCACUGUUACUAUGUGGAUCAGCAACUAAAAGCUACAGACGGCAGGUGGAAGGGCUCUGAGACGGUGCGGCCUAUGCCUCUUCCUGAAGAGUUGGUCUUCACUGUGGAUGACAGAGUCAGGAGUGACGUUGCACAUGCCAAGCAACAGUACUUCGAGACUACUCAGGACUUGCAGGUGGUGUGUUAUGCGUUCACCUCGUUUGGGAAAGCAGCCAUCAGACAGAGGAAGCUCCACCCAGACACCUUCAUACAACUGGCCCUUCAACUGGCUUAUUACAGACAGCAUGGGAGGUUAGGUAGUUGCUAUGAGACAGCGAUGACCAGAAGGUUCUACCAUGGCAGGACUGAGACCAUGAGGCCCUGUACCCUGGAGGCACAGAACUGGUGCCAUACCAUGCUCCUCCCUGCAGCCAGCGCUGAGGCUAAGAGGAAAGCCCUGCUGCUGGCCUUCAACAAGCAUAACAAACUGAUGGCUGAGGCACAGAACGGAAAAGUGGCGGGGGCGGUAACUUUACCCUGUCCACCAGUCUGGUUGGCUACACCACAGUCCUGGGAGCGGUUGCUCCCAUGGUGCACCAUGGCUACGGGUUCUUCUACCGCAUCGGAGAUGACAGGAUCGUGGCUUCCUGUACGGCGUGGAAGUCCAGUCGAGAGACAGAUGCAGAGACACUGUUCCAGAACCUGGUUACCUCCCUACAUGAGAUGUUACAUCUCGCUACCACAGCUCAGCUCUAACACACACACACACACACACACACACACACACACACACACACACACACACACACACACACACACACACACACACACACACACACACACACACACACACACACACACACACACACACACACACACACACACACACACACACACACACACAGAGUUUGUAGAUGGUAGUCAAUAAUAGUUUAGUUUUGCACAGAUCAAUGCAAAGGCACAACAAAUGAGUUUAUUUUGCACUUAGUGAAUGAUUCUCUGUGAUUUUAUGUAGCAGGGAUUCCCUGUUUUCAAAAUGUAUAGAUUGAAUUUCCUACCACGAUUCUGUUUAGAUUUCGUCUGUUUUUAUGUUGUGAGAAACAUUUAGUGUUAACCCAUGCCAUGCACUGUACACCGCUAAGCUAACAUACACAUCCUAACUCGCCGUCACCAUACACUUCCACUCUGCAGUGACCAGCGUAGCAUCGCGUCACCUGUCCCUGGUCAUUAUUUUUCAAAGCCAUUGAUUGGCUUUUCCAGAAGAGUGACUGAGGCAUAGAUGUUCUUGGUUGGUUGAAAUGACUCUUUUAGAACGUAACUUUUGUCGUAGCUGUGAAAUUGAGAAACAGAGAGAAACGGGUCAUGUUGUCUUUGACUACCGUCUCACCUCAGGCCUCAUGGGUAUUAUAUAAGGGCCCUACUCAAUCAAAACUGUUUUCCAGUUUCCACGGCAAGAAAAUGUAUUGUUUUUAUGUUUUGCACAUCAGUAGAGGAUUGUGCAUUUGGCUGGAUAUGAUCAAUGAAACAGUGUUUGGGUGAGACGGAAGGAAACCCAAGUAAAUUAUAAUGUGCCUUUUUGCUGUGUCCUUAUUUUAGUCUGUCCCCAGAGAUCUGCUCAGUGGUUUUGAUUGAAUAGCUCCCUAAUUGACCAGACUUUUUAGACUUUAAGCUGAUGAAUAGCUCUAUCACUCCUAUGCCAGAUCCAUAGGCUGCCGCCCUAUGCAAUAUGCCAUUUUAUGUAGUAGAUGUCUGUAAUAAUGAACAUUCCUGUCACAAUAUACCCAUGAUACAUCAUGGUUUUGAUGCUCUCCAACACGGAAUUGUGUUCAUACCUUUCAGACAGUCUUGAGAUUUUCAGCAUGUUUUUUUUGUUGUAAAUGAUAGAAAAGUGAUAAAAGACGAGCGCUGCAUUUGAUUCAAUCAACAGAAUGAAAAGAAGCUGUUUUAAUGCCUAAAGUAAUGAAAAUGAUGUAACCCACUUUACAGUAGGAAAAUUAUAGUUUUGACUUGACUGACAAUGUAAACUUGGAAAAUGUUUUAUUGAAUAUGAAAGUUGUUUAGUGUGAUUGAACUGACAAAUCAAAGUGAUUGAAUCAUGUCAUGAGCCCAAAUAUUCAAAUAAAACAUCUUUAUUAAUGAUACCUGUUUACAUAAGGAAAAAAGUAAUGCAUACAUACAGUACAUACCCAAGCAGAGGUCAGUUAAUUCAGUGCAACGUAGAAACAGGAAGUGGUUUGUAUCAAUAUACUGUUAGUGCUUGAGCCCCAACCCUCAGGUGUGUGUGUGCAUAUCACUCAACAUAUUACCUACAGUUAAGGUAAACAAAACAUUCAGGAACACUUUGGUCCUUUUAAAUACCUCAGGCACUUCCAGUAGCAUGAGCAUAGCACAGAGACAGUUUGGAAGGCCACAUCUCAUGAUAAUUUAAAAAAGAAUUCCUCUCAACAUUAAAGGGUGAAUGCAGCUGUUUUUUAUCUCAAUAUCAAAUCAUUUCUGGGUAACAAUUAAGUACCUUACUGUGAUUGUUUUCAAUUAAAAGGUUAAUUUAAAAAAAAUGUACUUCUUAGCGAAGAGCAAUUUCUCAAGCAAUAAUUUUGCUAGGUCUGUCGGAGUGGGGAGGGGAAAACUGAAAACAAGCUGUUAUUGAGAGUUUGGAACUCUUUCCUAUUGGUAUAUUAACCAAUGUAUGCCUGGUGAUGUCACCAGGCAGGCUAAAACUCCAUCCCAGCAAAGCAGGCAGAAAUUUCAGGCGGGCUUUUCAAACAGCUCCUUACACUCAAAUUUUCACAAUUUUAGAAUCACCUUUAUUCUCUCAUAGUAUGGAAAUAUGUAAGUUGGUAUACAGAUGACAUACAGUGGAUGUACAAUUUUACAGUAUGAGUAUGAAUAGAUCUAAAUGCAUUGCGAUGAACAGAGUGCAAAUGAAGUGUAGUGCAGUUAUUUUGUGUACAGUGUUAUUCCAACCUGAUAGUGUGGAAAUAUAUAAAGCACAGGGAAAUCUAGUUUUUGACUGCACUGGGCCUUUAAAGGAAAACUCCACCCAAAAACUAUAUUUUGGUAUUUGUUUCAUUAAUCCAUUGUGGACAUGGUCCCAAAUGUUUUGCUUGUCAGCACUCAAGUUUUCAAGAUAUGUAUAACUUUCAAAAUACAGAAAUCAUCCCUGUAUGAUGGAUUUUGAUUCCUAUGAUAUGAUGCAAAAUGCAUCAUUUUAUUUAUCUAGGCAAGUCAGUUAAGAACAAAUCCUUUACAAUGAUGGCCUAGGAACAGUGGGUUAACUGCCUUGUUCAGGGGCAGAAUGACAGAUGUUUACCUUGUCUGCUCGGGGAUUCAAUCUAGCAACAUUUCGGUUACUAGUCCAAGUGGGGAGGAUUUCUGUAUAUUGAAAGUUACAUAACCUGAACUAAUGAAAUAUAUACCAAAAUAUAGUUUUUGGGUAGAGUUUUACUUUAAGCCAAAACAAUUGAAUAAAUCAAUGUAAUAAUCUGAAUGUUGAGGAUACACACUGCUUCAGCGUCUCAUUGGCUUAGUUCUGUGCAGUUUACAGUAAUGCACAGACGUGUAUAUGUGUGUGUUCCAUGUAUUCAUUUGGCACAGGCACUCUAUGGUACAGAUGUGAUACUUUUUGAAUAAAUAACUGAAAUACAGCACCA